CUUCCCGACUCACGGUUUCGCUGGAAACCAUCCCCUACAUUCCCCUUCCUCCUCCUCCGGGGCCCGAAGCCCUCGCAGUACAGUCGCAACUGGAGCUCUCCGGGAAGGUAACGACGGGAUCAUGGCUCGUACAAAGCUCACCAAAACUCUGGCAUAUCUCCCUUUCCAUACCUCUUCUCCCGACUAACCCUGAGCCGGCGGCGAGAGAAGUGAUCGUUGGCCAUGGCGGCGAAACCACCAAUCAAGGUGGUGGCUAUAAGCGGUUCUCUUCGCAGAGCUUCCUUCAACAGCGGACUCAUUCGAAGCGCUGUGGAACUCUGCGAGCGGUCUAUUGAGGGGAUAGAGAUCGAGCACGUGGACAUCUCUGAGCUUCCAUUGAUCAACACUGAUCUUGAGGUUAACGGUACUUACCCUCCUGUCGUCGAGGCUUUCCGCAGAAAAAUAGCUGAAGCUGAUGCUUUCCUGUUCGCUUCACCGGAGAACAAUUACUCCGUCGCUGCUCCCCUGAAAAAUGCAAUUGAUUGGGCAUCAAGGCCCCCAAAUGUAUGGGCAGGCAAGGCUGCAGCCGUUGUGAGUUCCGGGGGAGGCUUUGGUGGCGGCAGGUCUCAGUACCAUCUUCGACAGAUCGGUGUUUUCUUAGACCUUCACUUCAUCAACAAGCCUGAACUAUUUGUUCAAGCUUUCCAGCCUCCUAAGAAGUUUGAUGAGAACGGUAAUCUCAUUGAUCUGGAAGUUAAAGAGAGACUCAAGCAGAUACUGUUAUCGCUCAAAGCAUUUACCCUGAGGCUACUGAAUUAAUGGUAAUGUUUUUCCUUAUUUAUAUAUGAAAAUAUUUUGCUGUGAUCUGCAUUACAGUAUAAAUUUAUGCGAGAUGGUUACUAUAGUGCUGAAUAAAGGCUUCUUCUGCUUAUGGAGUUA